AGGUAUGUGCAGACUAGGUGGAUUAACCAUGGAAAAUGCAGUGUUACAGGAAUAGGGUAAGGGUUAGAAUACUCUUCAGAGGGUCAGUAUGGACUCAAUGGGCUGAAUGGCCUGCUUCCACACUGUAGGGACUUUAUGAUUCUACUGCUAUGGAGGGGUAAGGAGGGACAGGUUUAGCGUAGUGUUUCCUCAUGGUGUUCUGUAGUAGAAUUUCUGUCAGAGCAUUUGAAUUAAAGCUGCUGUGCAAAUGGUUACUGCUCUCUUCCCUUUUCCUGCCACAUGGUAGAGUCUGAUCCUUUUGUUUGGAUGGUGAUGGGGGAGGUGGGCACUCGGCUUAAUCUGGUUUUAUCAACGAAUGCAGGAACUGGUGUUUCUUUUCACCUUUAUAAUAGUUAUAGGGAAAGGAGGGAAAUUUGGUUCCUUACGCUUAUAUCUGACUGAACAUAUGUUGUGGUGAUCAGUUGAUAGUAAUUUGCAUGUUUUAAUAUCUCUUUUAAACUGACCUUUACACCAAAAAAACUGACCUGAAAAUUACUAUUACUAUUCAUUAUGAUUUAAAUCUCCAGAUAAGAGCAGUUCAAAGAGCAUUUUUUUUUGCUUUGAAAUGUAUUUUAAUAAAAUCCUCUCUGAAGACCUGCAAAAAAAGUUGGGAGGCAAGAGAACAGUACUGCACCAUCCUUUUUUCUGUUCUCGUCUCCACCCGCCUCCUCCACACAUCCAGAGCACAACAGCAAAAGAAGCAAAACAAGAAUCAUUCAUGAACUAGGCCUUAGUGAACAGGAAAGCUCUGAACUCAUAAUGCCAAGUCUUGUUUCACUCUCCGCCUUCAUCUGCUUUUUAUAAGAGCAGACAGGCUUCUACCUUGCCAGCCAGCAAUAAACACACAUUAGGGAUGAUUAAUGAGGGGCCUGAUGAGGGCUGGCAUUUCGUUUCAUUCCAUUUCCUUGAAGAACAGAGGGACCCUUGCCAAGCCCUGUCCGUUCGGUUCUACUCACGUGACCUGAAAUGCCUCUGGGAAUCAUUUCUGCAAAUACAGCUGAAUAGCAGUUAAACCUCGCCUUGCAGGGGUAUAUCAGUUAACACGCAGCUGUUGUUGAUAACACCCUGCGGGGGGCCCCCAGCCUGAGUGGCGAGUUUAAGUCUCAGUGCAGCAGUUUUCUUUCCCUUUUCUCCCUUUGUUUUUCUGCCUGUUUUGAACUUUAAUUUUUCAGCUGAUAAAUGGAUGAGUUUGAUCCUAAAGUUGUCGAGGAAGAUGCGAGAGCUAUAGCAGCUUCUUUGUCUCUGACUUCUACCUCUUUUAAGCAAGAAAAGGAGCCUGAUCUGGACAACAAAGGAGACUGCUUGUUGACAAAGGAAGAGGGCAAAGUCUGGUCUGGCAAACACACUAUGGAGGAGAAGAGAUUGCUGGCUUUGCAACAAGACAGUGGGAUUCCAUAUAACACAAAAAAAGCAACAGCCUGGGGUGUCAGAGUUUGGGACGAGUGGGCUAAAACUCGAAAUAGCUAUAUCAUGGAGCAAGGUGUCCAGCGUAAUGAACUCUUCCUUUAUGUGCCCGAACUCUGCUAUGAAAUCACCCAUGAUGAACUGAAUUUCUGGCUAUGCAGAUUUGUACUUGAAGUUCGGAGACAAGACGGCUCGGAAUACCCACCUAAUUCUCUCCGUCUCCUGUGCUGUUCAAUCUUGCGGCACCUGCGGGAGAACUGCAGGCGCAGUGACAUUGAUUUCUUCAACAAGCUAAAACUGGACUUUGCCGAAUUCCGGGCCACCCUUGACGAUCGGAUGAAACAACUCCAGCGGCUGGGAAUUGGGCUGGUGAGGAAGCAGGCCCAGCCGUACACUGAGGACGAUGAGGAGAAGUUAUGGCAGGUGGUCUUCCAUCUACGAGAUGCAAAGAGCUACAGUUAUGCUGUCUACUUCUAUGUGUGCAAAGUCUUUUCUCUAUGUGCCGCCAAGGACCACCAUAAACUAACAGUCGACCAGUUUAAAUUUGGAUGUGACAUGAUCAGUGAGUACGUGGAGUUUACUGGCAGGCCAAGCAAUCCUCAGGACAGCCUUGACAAGUUGAAAAUUGUCCAGACAAGACAGUACGCAGAUUCCUUGAAUCCAAGGUGCAUAGUUUCACUGCUGCGACGCUACCUCAAUAUGAUUCCCCCACAAGGUCCAUUUUACCGCCGCCCUGUGCCUGGUACCAUGCAGUUCUCUGAGCAGGCAAUUGGAGUUCAUACAUUGGAACGAUUUUCUAAAGAGAUAUGUGAAGCUGCAGGAAUUUCAGGGCACCAUACCGGACAUUCUGGAAGGGUCAGCAGUGCAACAACCCUAUACAACCGUGGCUUUGAUGAGCAGUCAAUUAAAGAACGCACAGGGCCAACAGGCAGUUUGGCAAAAGGCUACAGGAGAGCCUCUCUUGCUCAGAUGAAGGCCAUGUCAGACUGCCUGCAGCCUCCUAAUCCACUGAAGAUGUCAGCUUGUUCACCUUCAUCAUCAUCUUCAUCUGAUGACCAUAGUUCUUCACCAGAUGAAGGCCCAAGCAAUAUCAUCAUCAUAUCUGAAGAUGGGACUGAUCACCCACAAGAAGCUACAACUAUAUUCAGCAGACCUGAAGUGACGAUCACAGAACAGGAUGGUGUACUGAAGAUUGAAAUGCCAUCUAGGACCUCACCACAGAUGCCCUUGACUUCACACCAGACCAUUACAAAGUUAAAAAUAGUGAAAGGAGACAUUGUACUAGAAUUAAAUUUGUAAGUGUGCCAAGCAGCAUAAAUUCCAAGUUCAAUAUUGCACAAUUUAGAUUACACACAUUCAUGUUAGUAUCAGACGGUUGUUACAAAGGGUAAUUGAUCUGAAAUGUUCUCUCUUUACAGGUACUACCAGACUUGCUGAAACUUUCCACUAAUUUUUAAUAACCCUUUAUUUCAGGUUUCCAUUUUCUGCAAUACUUUCUUUCAAUAUUAGCAAAAGGUACUAGAACAUAGAAAAUGACAGCACAGAACAGGCUCUUCAGCCCACGAUGUUGUGCCGAGGAUUAUUCCUAAUCUAAAAUAAAAUAACCUAACCUACGCACCCCUC